CACACAACCAAAGCAAAAACAUCUCCACAUUCAAGCCAAUUUAUCAUGGCUGCCGGAGCUCGUUCACUUUUCUCCUUCUUCUUCCUCCCCCUCCUCCUCUUGCUGUCUCCAGCAGUUUUUGCGGAUGACCACUCGAAACACAAAAAUUCAUCAUCACCAUUUGAUUUCCUCAAGCAUCUUCAAGGUUGUCACAAGGGUGACAAAAUCAAGGGCAUCAAUGAUCUCAAAAAGUACCUAGAACAUUUCGGUUACUUGAGCUACAACUAUUCCCAUGCCAACGACGACGAUUUUGACGAUAUCCUGGAGUCUGCCCUCAAAACCUACCAGAUCAAUUACCAUAUCAAGGCCACCGGAGUUCUAGAUGCUGCAACAGUGUCGAAGAUGGGGAUGCCUCGAUGUGGGGUGGCGGAUAUCAUCAACGGAACCAGUAGGAUGCGGGCCGCCAAGAAGAGGCAUCAUCACGGCCCUGGCUCUAGCCCUUUUCACACCGUCUCACACUAUUCCUUCUUCCCAGGAAACCUUCGGUGGCCGCCUUCCAAGUACCACCUCACCUACGCGUUACGCCCGGGGACCCGAGCUGAUGCCAUAGAACCCGUCGUGAGAGCGUUUAGGACUUGGGCUGCUAACACACACUUUACCUUUACGCAGACUCAGGACUAUCAAAAUGCGGAUUUAAAGGUCAGUUUUGCCCGCCGUGAUCAUGGAGAUGGGAACCCAUUCGAUGGCCCUGGUGGGACUCUAGCUCAUGCAUUUGCACCGACUAACGGGCGGUUCCACUAUGACGCGGAUGAGCCAUGGUCAGUAGGUGUUGCCCAAGAUGCAUUCCACUUGGAGACAGUGGCUAUACAUGAGAUCGGGCACCUUUUGGGGCUGGGUCACAGCUCUGUUGAAGGAGCCAUCAUGUUCCCCUCCAUUCCUCCAGGAGUGUCCAGGGGUUUGCAUCAAGAUGAUAUUCAAGGGAUCAGGGCUUUAUACAACAAUUGAGGAAUAUUAGUGUGUGUGCGUUGUUUCUUUUUUCUCUUUUUUUUUUUUUUUUUUUUAAUUUCUUUUUUUGAAUAAGGGAGAAGGGAUACAUAUGAUCUUAUCUCUAAUCAUACAAUAAGUGAAAUCAGUAUGU